AUGUCCUCGACCUCCUCUGGCAAGAGCAAGCCGUGGUCUUUCACUCUUACUCCGUCCGCGUCCAGAGCAACGACGACGUCGGGGACACACGCGGCGCAGGUUACCUUUGUUCCCGGCGUGGUGUUCGACAUGACGCUCGCGGGCGGAAACGACGACCAAGCCGUCUACUCGCUUCCCAUGACAUUUGGCCACGACCUGGCCAGUGGAGCGGCGGCACGGAAGCGCGCGCCAACAACGCCCACGUCUGCUCAGACGAUCAACAUGCUCGUGGACUUGGGAUCGUCAGACAUGUGGAUCGCGUCGAUGACCUGCACGUCCACGGACUGCAAGGAAGCGCCCGCGCUCUUCAAUGAUACUCACUCGCUUGACAGUGGCACCCCACUCGGCCUCGAUUUCCACGUUGGCAGCGUCGGCGGCAACAUCAUGUGGGAGCAGGUCACUGUCGGCGAGUUUGGUAUAGGCUAUCAGGCCAUGGUCACGGCUAAGGAGGUGUAUAACGAGAAUCUCGGCGAAGGCAACUUUACCGGCCUCUUGGGUCUUGCCUUGCCGGCCAACUCGGUCAUCACCCAGACGAUCCCCGGCACGACAGGCUCGUCACCCGACGGUGCGACGUUUCUGGACAACCUCUUCGGCGCGGGAGCAUCGGCGCCGACGAAUCGUUACUUCUCGCUGUCACUUGAGAGGAGCGAGGAUGUGCGGACUGUCUCGAGCUUCGGGAUAGGCGAGGUCGAUUCGCGUGUCUGUCCACCACCAUGUGCACCCAAGUGGCUGCCUAUCCUCGCCCAGCCCUCAAGGGGCCGCACCGGCUACCUGCACUGGCGACUGCCACUGGAAAGUAUCCACGCAACAUUCUUCGACGACCCCAAGAACGGGAUUGGGCCCACAACGCAACCUAUCCCAUUAGGGUCAACAAGGACGGACGCAAACUCCACGACACCAGUUGCGGUCCUCGACUCGGGCGGUGUGGGGAUCCUUGUCAACAACCUCGACAUGCUAAAUGCCAUCUACGGGGCUUUCGGCGUCAAGGCUGACUCUGACGGCAAAUACCGCCUGCCAUGCAACACGCCUCUGACAUUGACAUUCACGUUCGGCGGUACCGACUACCCCGUGCAUCCGCUGGACAUGAGCUACAUUGACACGGCGGACCAGAGCCUUUCCCGGUGUCUGGGUGUUCUGCAGUACGCCGAUCUGCAGAAUCGUGGUGACUUCGUCCUCGGCUCGUCGUUCCUCAAGAACGUCUACUCGAUCUACCAAUACCCCGACCAGAAGCUCAACCCGACAUCGUGGCAGCCAACUGUGGGCAUGUUUCCGCUCACGGACGCGGCACUGGCAUCUCGUGACUUCUGGCUGGUGCGAGAUGAGCGCCAGCCUCUUAGUGGUGUCUCGUCUGGCUCAGCUGGCGGGAACGGCAACGGCGCGCAGAGUGCCGCCGCAAACGCCGGACAGAAGCGCGUCGCGACGUCUACUAUCAUUGCCGUCUGCUCGGUGCUGGGCUUCUUGGCCAUUGCCGCUGGUGCAUACUUUGCCUGGUGGUUCUGGAAUCGUCGCCGUCACGGCAAGGCUGGUGUCGUCGAGUACAAGAUGGCUGAGGUGGAUCCUGGGAGUGACACCCCUCCCAUGCGAACCCGCAAGCACGUCGAGACCAUGCGGCAGAAGAGCAUGGUCGAUGGCUACUCUGACAUGGACUUCGACAGCUACGACUCCACCACUGCCGGCACCUCCAUUAGUGGCAUGCAGCUAGUCACUGGGGACAACGACAUCCAUCGCCUUGGUGAGACCUUCUCGGACCACGCACGCGGGUCAAGCAUACACCAGGGCUUACUGGCGGCCGGUGCCAGUUCUCCACCCAUGUCGCCCACGGCUCCUUCGAUGCCCGGCAUGCCGCGCGCUGUUUCAGAGCCGCUCGACCUGCGGAGACAACGCACGCGUAGCAGCGGCUACCUCCUCUCGCCACCAAUGACAACCGGCCGCCUCGUCGAUGUUCCUCCUAUGCCUGCGUCGCCACCGUCUGCGCGGUACAGCCUGGCGCCCAGUUUGACAAACCGUAGCUCGAUGACCAUGAUGGGCGCGUACCCGUCGCACACGCGCGCGAUGAGCUCGGUGAGCGUCGUCACAAGCGGCCCACGGAUGACCGAGUAUGACUACUUUCCCGUGUUCUCUGAUACGACGACCGCGGCAGGCGCCGGGCACGAUCAGCGGCGCUCCUCACACCACAGCGAUAGGCGUUCGUCCCGGGGGAGCGGGUUCAACCCGACACCAUAA